CAACUUGCACUGCCGUCUUUAAAAUGUAUUUUUUAGGUACACUAGAACAGCCCACUAUUUUCACAGCUGUUUAAAAUGCACCCAAAUCUGUUGUUUAUAUUUGUGCUCUUUGCCACGCAGGCCCGGGCGGAACUUUCCGGUCUGCUUAGUGCCCUCCACUACUUCGGGCUCUACUCCAAUGGAACAGCGGACUCUCUGGGAAUUUCCCGGGGUCAGUGUCGCUACAGCUUCGAGACAUUCGCCCUCCUGGAAGAGCGUCGUACCUGUGCCCCCGAUGACGAGCACAUCCUGCACUUGACCCAGUUGCCGCCAAUAAGGAAGCCGCCCAUUCUAAUCAAGUGCUUGCAGCAGGAUCCUCCGGAGAAUGGAACCGCAGCUGAGCCGGGAUUGCUGAUAAUGCGCAGUGCCAAGGAGAUCGUGGGCCUGCUGAAGCCUGUGGGUAAUGCCACCAAGCGCCAUGAACCUGGCAGCUGUGUGGUUGUCCAUUUCUGCACCGCCUCCAGUUUGGAAUGCGCCAGGGUGGCUCCGGUUAUGAACCUUCUGCCUCAUCUCUUUCCCACGCUGCCCAUCGCCUACGUGGAUGCCUAUGAGUUCGGGCGCUUCAACGCAGAGUUCGGCAUUGUCUCGCUACCCACGCUGAUGAUCUUCCACCAGGGCAGGCCGCUCAUCAAGUACGAUCCCUCUUGGUCGGAUUCGGAGAAGCGCAGUUUUGGGAGGUUUAUAAUGCGGCACACCAAUGUAAAGACGGUGGACCCGCAGGCCAUCCAUCCGGACAUCCUUAAUCGCACGCGAAGUGAGCCACUGUCCAACGUGCCCAUCGUGCAGACAGAUUACUAUCUGGGAUUGGCUUGGGCCUUCAUCCUGGCCUGCCUUGCCAACUACUUGCGGCAGACUGUCUUCUGGAAGCAGCUCGUUGAGAUGGUGCAGCGCAACUGGCGGGAAUCGGAGGAGACUCAGAUGGAGAUGGUCGACUAGUCAGUUACUUUAUUUUAAUUCUCCUUAAGUUGGUUAGUUAGAACGCAUUGGAUUCACUAAUGUAAUGUAAUUACCGUUUAAUUAAAUUCACAUCAACAUUUA